AAACCCAACAACGGAUCCCGCAAAAUCUCCCGCCUCGUAGCUCUCUCUCUCUCUCUCUCUGCUUCCUUAGCCAUGGAGAUUUCAGCUGCAUUCUUGGGCGUCGGCCAGGUCUCCACGCCUUCGUCUUUCCCUUCCGUUUCUUUGGCAUCCGCAGCCGCUUGGAGUUGCAGAAGUUGUGUCCGCAUCGUGGCCGCGGGAACCGCUUCUCCGGUCGAAGAAUCCGGCCGGCCGCCGCCGCCGAGCAUUCGUAAGGCCAAACUCUCCAAUUCCCGGAGGCGCGGCUCGAAUUCCUACUCGGCGAGACAAUCCGCCGUCGUUGAGGUUGAAAAAUCCGCCGACUUGGAAUCUGCUCUCCAAAGAUUAGGAGGGGUUUUGAAGGUGCAAGACUUGAAUGUCAUUUUGCGGAGUCUUGGAAAUCAAAACAGAUGGAGGGACCUUUCUCUGCUAUUCGAUUGGAUGCAAAAGCAGGGGAAGGUUUCUGUUGCGUCCUAUAGCAGUUACAUCAAGUUCAUGGGGAAGAGUCUUAACCCCACCAAGGCGCUGGAAAUCUAUAAAGGGAUACCAGAUGAAUCAACAAAGAGUAAUGUCAUUGUCUGCAAUUCUGUUCUCAGUUGUCUGGUUAGGAGUGGCAAGUUUGACAGCAGCAUCAAGUUGUUCCAUGAGAUGAAGCAUAGUGGUUUAACACCUGAUGCCAUCACAUAUAGCGCAUUACUAGCAGGGUGUAUCAAAGUGAAAGACUGCUAUGAUACAGCAUUGGAUCUGGUUCAGGAACUGAAUUAUAGAGGGUUGAAGAUGGACAGUGUAAUGUAUGGGACGCUGCUGGCUGUCUGUGCUUCAAAUAAUCGACGUGAAGAAGCAGAAAGCUAUUUCAACCAGAUGAAAGAUGAGGGUCAUUCACCUAAUGAGUUUCAUUACAGCUCUUUGAUGAAUGCAUACUCUUCAGGUGGAGAAUACAAGAAAGCUGAGGGGCUGGUUCAAGAUAUGAAAUCUUCAGGGCUUGAACCAAACAAGGUAAUAUUAACAACAUUACUAAAGGUGUACGUGAGAGGAGGCUUGUUUGAGAAGUCCAGGGAGCUAUUAUCUCAAUUGGAAUCCUUGGGCUAUGCAAAAGAUGAGAUGCCUUACUGUUUACUGAUGGAUGGCCUGUCAAAGACUGGGCGUAUAGAUGAAGCAAGAUCAGUUUUUGAAGAAAUGAAGGCGAAAGGGGUUAGAUCUGAUGGCUAUGCUCACAGUAUUAUGAUUUCGGCAUUUUGCCGAAUCAAUCAUUUUGAAGUUGCAAAAGAAUUGGCCAAGGACUUUGAAACUCGGUAUCAGAAAUAUGAUGUGGUUAUAUUAAAUACAAUGCUUUGCGCAUACUGCAGAGCUGGUGCAAUGGAUAAUGUUAUGAAAACAAUGAGGAAAAUGGAUGAAUUGACAAUUGCUCCUGAUUACAAUACCUUCAAUAUCUUAAUCAAAUAUUUCUGUAAGGAGAAGCUAUACCUACUUGCUUUCCAAACUAUGGAGGACAUGUGUCGGAAAGGCCACGACCCAGGAGAGGAACUUUGUUCUUCUCUAAUUUUCCAUCUUGGGAAAAUGAAAGCUCAUUCUGAAGCAUUUGCGGUGUACAAGAUGUUGAAAUAUAGCAAAAGAACAAUGUGCAAGGCUCUUCACGAGAAGAUCUUGCAUAUUCUUAUUUCUGGCCGGCUUCUCAAGGAUGCUUAUGUCGUUGUCAAGGACAAUGCAAACUCUAUUUCCCAGCCUGCUAUAAAGAAGUUUGCGAAUACAUUCAUGAAGCAUGGUAGCAUUAAUUUGAUUAAUGAUGUUAUUAAGGCUGUCCAUGCUUCUGGAUACAGAAUUGAUCAGGUAAUGACUCUGAAAUGCACCUUGGUCAUCAUGGAAAGUAAAAUUUGAGGGUGUGUUUUGUAUGUCUGGGAGUCAACAACCCCAGUAGAACUUUUGAUAAAAACAACCACAUUGUGGAAAAACCAUACAAAACAUUAAAUCCGAUUGAGCUUUGUGUAAUAGAGAAUCUCUGUUAACCCACGUUACAAGUUUGACUUGAAGUCUAUGUAUUUCCAGGGACUACUUGAAACGGCUGUAUCGCGAUAUAUUGCAGAACCUGAAAAGAAGGACCUACUUAUCAACUUGUUGAAAUGGAUGCCUGGACAAGGUUAUGCUGUAAACUCUUCCACAAGAAAUGCCAUUCUUAAGAACUCUCAUUUGUUCGGUCGCCAUCUUAUUGCUGAGCUCUUGUCCAAGCAACGGCAGUUGUCAAAAAGUGUGAAGUCUUAGCUGUUGGAUAAGUGAGAUUGACACUAAGGGAGGAGAGCUAAUCCAAUAUACAAUGGGCGAUAAACAAAUUAGGUAAGGACUGUGAUACAGGUUUAGUACUUAUCAUAUAGUCUGUAUUUUUGGUGGCACCUUAUUAGCUGAAUAUUUAUCUGUAAUACAUUUACUAUUAUGAUCUAUGAAAAAUCUGGCAUCUGGACAGGAUACAUAUGAAUUCUGUCUGACCAUGCAUUUUUCCUUUCAGGAUCAACUUUUGCGAGGGAUUUCCAAACUGCACUGUUACACUUGAAUCCACUCCCGAAAGAAAUCUGCCAAAUCCUGUCUCCCUUCUUCACCCUGCCCUUUGCUUCCAGAUAAGAAAGCUCAUACCAGACCGAAGAAGAUGAAGUAUUCCCAAAUCUAUGAAGUGUCAUCCUUGAAGCUUCUCCAUCUUCCUUCUCCAGCUUCAGAUUCUUUUCCACCCCAUCGAUUAUGGCCCUUCCUCCAGCAUGGAUACAGAAAUGUUCGAAAGCACUUUUGAAUCUUGGCACCACCACAGUUGCUUCCCCCUUUGCUCUUCCUUUUUCACAGAGUUUCUGACAAGUCACUAACCAAAUGUAUUUGAGCUGUUCAGAGUACGGCAGCACAAGGGGUCCCAACUCUGAUACAUUAAUCUUCAGAGCACGAGCUGCCACAUGUAACAGUGACUUGGAUAGUGAAACCCCAACAACAUCGUCCUCAUCUGGUUUCUGAACGACGGAGCAGUAGGACUGUUCAUCUGCUCCCAUGUGAGUUCGUACGAGAUGCUGAAGCUCAUAAUUGGCUCUCCACUUGUCCUGUUUCUUGUUCGACAGCAGAAUAGCAGCUCCACCCAUUCGGAAUAUCGUAUUGGCUACCAGCAUGGACUUUGCUCUGCCUACGUACCCGUUUGGGGUUACAGCUUCCAUGGUGAGAACUAGAGCCAGUGAAUUUUUAUGAACUUGGAACAGUUCUUUAAUCAUGCUUAUCGAUAUAAGCCCAGCACUGCAGCCCAUUCCGCUCAGGCUGAUGCUUUUUACAUUGCUUCUGAGUCCAAACCUGUUGAUGAUCAUUGAUGUGAUGGAUGGAGUGGGACAGAAGAUGCUGCAGUUUGAUAUCAGGAUAUCGAUUCCUUUAGGGUUUAUCCUGUGCUUUGAGAGAAGAUCUUUCACCACUUGGAAGGCGACUUGCUCCACUUCUUGUUGAGAUGGGUUGAAAGAAGUGUUGGGAGGGAGCUCGUGCACCGCGAUUGGCAUGCAUGCUUCAUCCCCAAUCCCUGACCUUUGAAGAACCUUUUGCUGGAGAUCUCUGUUCUCUCUACUGAAACCUUCUGUUCUCUCUAUAUGCUCAGUGAAGUGAGGGACAGAGGCCCGCAAGUAAUCAGGUGGGCGGUAGCAUGUGUAGUCUAUGAGGUAGACAGAGGUGUUGUUGCUUCUGAAGGCAAGAUAAAGAAAUCCCAGCAUGAAAAAAGCUGCCCCAGCUGCAAUGAAGUGCGUGAAGAUGAUGGAAGAAGCUGCCACUGUUUCUGUAAUGGUGAUAGCAGAAUUGGUUAGAGACCAAUCGCUGAAUAAAAGUAAGAUAUUGGUUCCCAUUGCUGGAAAACUUGAAUGGUUUCUUUGUCAGUAUAUAUUCAAGUUGGAAUUUUUCUUCUUUUAUAACUGAAUUCCCGCCACAGGAAAAAUACGAUAAGUGUGAUAGUAAGGAAGAAGGAAGUUGCAGAAUGCAACUGUUUUGUUUGGCAUUUUAGGUUCCUUUCCAUCCCCAUAUGUGUGCAUGAGUUUUGAGCUGCUUUUCGAGUUUGAUGCGUAUGCUACUGAACUGGAUAUAUCAUCAUUUAUUUGCCGAUUGCUGCAUUACAAAAUAUCAUCAAAUCAAAAUAUUUGGGACAAUGUCUCAUAUCAUACU